AUGAGUGCUAAUGCAAGUGUGGAAGAGUUAGUUUUAGGAAGUGGCAGUACAUCGUUUAUUCCUAUGCGUCAAAGACAGAGAAAAGAAGGUGCAGCUAUCCAAGAUGCAGUGAAUGAGGUUGAUCCAUUAGAUUGGCCAUCUACUGAAGGUAAUCUCGUUAAUGAAUUUAAAACAGAUGGUUUAGCUACUAUGGCCUUUCCUACAUUGUUUCCUUAUGGGAAGGGUGACCCUACAAAUAGGUCACGGCAACAUGGUAUAACGUUAACUGAAGCUUUCAAACAUUUAAUGAAGUUUGCAGAGAGGCUUGCAGAUGGUAAGUUUGAAUGGAGGUUUGCUUCUCACCCACGGUUUCCUUAUUGGGCGUUAAAUAUGAAACAACGGCAUCAGCUGUUGUCACAAGCAAAUGUUUACUUGCGUCAACAUCCUGCUGAUGCAAACAUGACAAUGGAAGAACUGAAGCAGAUGGUAAAUUCCAUGAGUGCAAACCAAAUGAUGAAUAGGUUGCAACGCUAUGUGUCCAAAGUACAAGGUACGAAUCAGUAUUGGUAUCAGCGGCUGCAGGAAUUGCUAGCCCUGAUUGAACAAAAAGGCUGCCCUACAUUUUUCUUUACCUUUAGUGCAGCUGACAUGCAUUGGCCAGACUUACAGAGGCUGUUGCAGAAUGAUGAAGGUGCAAGCAGAUCUGAGCGAGCACAAGCUGUAAUCGACAAUCCCCACCUAACUGAUUGGUUUUUUAUGCAGCGGUUGCAGGAGUUUGUCAGACAUUGGCUUAAUGGCAUAUUGGAUGCUGAGUGGCACUGGUAUCGAUUUGAGUACCAAGCUAGGGGAAGUAUUCAUUGCCACGGAUGUGCAAAGUUAAAAAACGACCCUGAUAUUAGAAAAUUACGUACUAAGGCAUGUGUUGCAUUCCUAGAGAGUGAGACAACAAAGUACGAAAUGUCACCUGAUGACUUUGAAUUCCUUUGUGGGGAUUUGAUAAGACAAGGAGAAGAUGCUGAGAAGUUGCUAAUACAGUAAGAAAAAAUAUUUUCCAUAUUAACAUUUCCAUAUAUGUGUACUGUAGACCAAGGUAACUGUGCAGAAUCUGUUGUGGGAUAAUUGUUUCAAUAAUAUUAUAAAUUUAUCCUGGCAACAGGUCUUCAAAUGCAUGUGCCGGCAUUGUAAGUUAAAUGCACAAUACCGGAUCCGAAUUAUUAGUCAUAACAUUGAAUUUAAAUAGUCAUAACAUUGAAUUUUGCAUUUUUAGAUAUCUCUUACUGUACCUGCUACUGAAUUUACAGUAUUGCAAUAGCAUUUCAAAAUACAGUACCAUGAAAACUAUAAAAGGCAUGCUCCCAAAAGUGUGCAAGUCAAAUAUUCAUGUCAACUAAAAAGCGAAUUUUGUAUUGUGCAUUGUAUUACCACUACUGCCUAUUUUGGAUAAAAUUAUUUAAUAAUAUGACUACUACUGUAAAUACUUUAUAAAGGCAGGAUAAACUUCUGUGCACAACUUUUGCCUAAAAUUGUCGCAUACAACCUGCUUAUAUAUAUGUGUAUACAACUUGAGUAAACAACCUGGGUAAACCAAGCACACAACUAUGGCUAUGACAACGUAAGCGAAUUUAAUACAGUGUGAACUUGUGGUACAAGCAGGUUGCAUAAGGCAAAAGUUGUGUAGUCUAUUUAAAUCUGCCUUAAUACACUAAAUAUAAUAACACUCACCAAAUACCCAGCUAAUAAUAUAUGCAGAUAGCCAAUCUCCACAAUUUUGAAAGGUCUUUCGCUCAUAUUUUUUAUUAUUAUUAUUAUGCAUAUUUAAUAUAUUAUGAUACGGUAGUAUUAACUUUAAUUGCUACAUUAAAAUUGAAAAAGUAACAAUAUUUUACGUGUAAACAAAAUUCCUUAUAAAAUUCCUUAAAAGGUUUCAAUUUUCCUGAAAGGAAUUUUCAAUUUAUUUAUUUGUAUGUAAGAAAUUUAUUGGAAUGUAAGAAAUUACAUAAAUAGAAAGUGGAAAUUUAGCUGUUGGUGAUACAGGUUUCACAGGAAAAUAUUUCACUCAGUCAAUGGUGUAAUUAAAACUGUUUUAUGACUAAUUUGGUAAUAUUUGGCUAAUAGAACGAGCAUGCACAUAUAAUAAUAAGUUAUGAUUAUUUUAAAGGUAUGUUGACUGGCUGGUGACAACUUUUAAUGAGGAAUUGCCUGAUGAGAACUGGAGUGUACCAGAUCCUCACCCAUCUGCUGUUAGGGCUACAACAGUGGAUAAUCGUGACAAUGAUUAUCACAGGUUAGUUAAUACUGUAGAAAGACACACUAGAUGCAGUCCAGCGUAUUGUUUGAAACAGAAAAGAGUGGACCUGCUUGCAGAAUGCAGAUUUGGUUUUCCAAAGCCAUUACAAGAAGAAACAGAACUGAGUCGUGAGUUGGUGGUAAGUAAGAAUACUAAGUCUGUUGAGUCUGAGUUACAUACCAAGCGAAAUGACCAAAGGUUAAAUUCACACAACAGGGUGAUGCUCGAAAACUGGUGGGCAAAUGUAGAUUUGCAAGUCAUUGUAGAUGAGAAGGCUUGUGCAAGAUACAUGGCUAAGUAUGCUGCGAAAGGAGAACCCCGAUCGAAAUCGGCGUCAGAAAUACUAAAAUUGUCUGUGUCCUCAUUACAGAAUGAUGAUCAAGUCUCUUCGGCCUUCAAGAAAGCAAUGAUCCAAGUUGCUGGGGAUAGAGAUAUGGCAGCACAAGAAACUGUGCAUAUGUUACUUAGUCUACCACUGGUUGGCUGCACAUUUAGUUUUGUUACUAUUUCUUUAGAUAACAGCAGGAAGGUUAAUAUUGAUGCAGAAAAUGAAGGCGAUGAGGUACUUAAAAAAUCUCAGCUACAAGAAUAUGCAGAACGUACAAAAUUGAAGAGUAGGUAUACAGGCUUGUCUCAGCUAAAUCUGAUGCAAUAUGUGUCACAGUACACGAAAGUCAGAGGUGAGUUGACAAAACGAGCGAAUCCGUACAUUGUCAGGACAUUUCCAAAGAUUUCCGCUAAUCCUGCUGGUCCUGAUUUUGGAAAAUACUGCAAAUAUCAACUAAUAAAGUUUAAACCAUGGGAGGGUCAACCGUCAAAUGCUUGGAACAAUGAGGAUGAAAGUGAUCAAAUGUUUAUUAAUGCAUAUGAAUUUUUUCUUAUGACAGAUGAAUUUGCGGAAGAAAAUGUGUUUAGGUAUUCCGAUGAAAGAGACAAAGUUCAUGAUGCACAAUGUGGUCAAACCUUUGAAAACGAUCCAAGUGACAAUCAAGAUGAUGACGAUGAAAGUGAAGUUGACCCUGAUGAGGAGGAGGAAGUCGAUGAUUGGAUGUUGUUAUGCAGAAUUAACCAAGAUUAUGGUGAAGCAGGUAAUCAGAUGCCAGACAAUGAAGCAGUGGAUUGGUUUGAAACUGUGAGAGCUGUGCCUAGAGAUUUGUUAAGGGAAUCUCCAGGAUGGAUCUAUAGUCAGAGAAAGGAGGCUGAAGAACAUGGUCAGCAAUUUCGAGAAGAUGAUCAACAAUGUGUAAUUGAUCCGGACACCCUGAAUGAAAAACAACGCCUUGCUUACAACAUCAUCACAUCUCAGAAUGGUGAUAAUGCCGAGCCUGUAUAUAUGAUUGUGUGUGGAACAGCUGGCACAGGUAAGACAUACUUGAUAAGUGCAACAAAACAAGUAUUAGCCACUCAGUGUGUUGUUACAGCAACUACUGGGAUUGCAGCCUUUAGUAUUAAUGGUCAAACAUUACAUUCUGCUGCUCAACUUCCUAUCCAUGAAUAUAGGGAUUUGCAGGGUGACUCACUACAGCGGUUACAGCUAAGGCUAGAAGGUAAAAGAUUUCUGAUUAUUGAUGAAAUGUCAAUGAUUGGACAUAAAAUGCUAUCAUGGCUGGACAAUAGAUUACGUGCUGGUACUGGAAAGCAAGAUAUCCCUUUUGGUGGUAUGUCAGUAAUUCUAAUGGGGGAUUUUGGUCAAUUACCACCUGUUGGUGAUAAGCCAAUGUAUGUUUCAGGUAACGGAACAGUAGUAAGUGACCAUGGACAUAGUCUGUAUCUGAUGUUUGAGUCUGUCAUUAUUUUAGAUCAAGUUAUGCGUCAGGCUGGUGAGGACCCCGAAGCAAUUGCUUUUAGAGUCUUGCUGAUGAGAAUGCGAAAUGGCGAAGUGACAGGGGAGGACUGGAAACUAUUGUUGGAGCAUUCAACAACAAAUGUACCAAUGGACCAAUUCACUGAUGCCAUCCGAUUGUACUUUGACAAGAAAAGUGUUGCUGAAUACAAUUACGAGAAGCUAUUGCAGCUUGGACAACCUGUUGCUAAAAUUCAGGCAAAGCAUUCUGGUCAUGGUGCCAGUGCGGCCACGUCGGACGAAGCUGGUGGAUUGGACGCUGUUCUGUUUUUAUCCACAAAAGCAGAAGUAAUGCUCACUUGCAACCUGUGGGCUGAAGUUGGUCUCAAUGCUGAAGUUGGUCUGCAAUGGCUCAUUUGGCACUAUCGAGCAGAUUUGGUUUGCAGAGAAUAUGGGUCCACCAAACCUGCCAAUAGCAGUAUUGGUACACUUCCAUAGUUACUCUGGUCCUGCAUUCCUAGAUGCAUGUUCUAAAUGUAUACCUGUGCCACCGAAAGUGUUUGAAUGGGUGGCUGAUGGAAAGUACUUGUCAAGGCAACAAGUGCCCUUGCGGUUAAGGUAUGCAAUGACUAUUCAUAAGUCACAAGGACAGACACUAACAAAAGCUGUUGUUGAUUUAGGUAAAGGAGAAAAAGUUGCUGGAUGCACAUUUGUAGCUACAUCACGGGUAAGAUCGAUUCAUGAUAUUGUGUUUGAACCUAUGACAUUUGAUCGCCUGAAAGCAAUUGGUAGGAGUAAAAAUAUGCAAAAACGACUCGAAGCUGAACAGCGACUUAAAGUGCUUGCAGAGAAAACUGUCCAAACAUAUAGUACAAGUACGUCAUGAAUUGUCAUUCAAUAGUUGUGGUGUUUGAGCACCAGUAUACUGGGCACAUAUACCGUGCUUUCGAGGUUAUUUCGCCUGUUACUAGGCACAAUUUUAGAGGUGUAGUACACAAGUUUCAAAUCACACCAUCAGGGCUGCUUAGAAGGGGAGGUUGCAAAUGGGGCAGAUCAAGGGGGGGGGGUCCAAAAGGUGUCAUUUUAAAAAAUUAUUUGGAGCAUGUUUUAUAUGUGAACCUAAUUAAUUUCACUUGUAUUAGUCUGGAUUUUUUUUUUUUAAAUUGGAAUCUUCUUUUGGAUAUGCUUGAGCCCCCCCCCCCCCACUUGCCAACAUUUUUUUGAAAAAAUAUGGACCAAAUUUAAAUUUGCUCCAGGCCCCCAAAUUUCUCUGUGCAGUCCUGCAUACCAUGUACAAAAGUAAAUAUCUAUGCCUCUAUUAUUGUGUUUUUGAGGAAGGCAUUCAGGGAGUUUGUCAUUGCCUGUUACCUAGACAUAAUAUUUAUAUUAUGUUUCUGAGGUUGGCUCUAAUGACAUUAUGUCUUAUGACAUAUACACAGUAUAACAAUAAUAUCACAUAUACUACAGUAUAACAUUUAAAACUUUGUAAAUAUUAAUAUUUGAUAUCUUUAUUAAAAGUCUAGAUACUGAAGCAAAUUUAUAUAAAAGGUAAGUUUCUUUUCCAUCCCUAUCUACAGUUCACUCUACUAUAUUAAGUGAAUAUUGUGUGUAUCACUAUGGUUACCAAAAAAUCUCACGCAACGUCAAUGGUACUCCAUGCAAAUACGAAGCGCGCGAAAAUUUGAUUUUUGGUCUCGCAGUCGCAGCAUUUGGAGUUGCAGUAAGUUUUUUUCCGAAAAUAUAUUAUUUUUAAAUUUGUCUAUAUUUAAAAAACUACAAUUAUUUGUAGAAUAUAUAUGUUUUUAGCAGAAACUACUUUAUUUGGUGGGUUUUUCUAUGUCAAUUUCAUCUUUUUUUAAACAUUUUUUUCUUUUUUUAUAGAUUAAUUUAAAAGAUAUUAACAGAAAAGUACGAGUAUAUUUUUAUUUUUAAAUAUAUUUACUGUAUAUGUAUGCUCCUGAGAUAGUCUAAAACAGCCUCUAAUGUAUUUUAAUGAUACAAUAAGUUGCCUGCUCAUUUAUAUUAAGCAUUAAAAAACAGUUUUCAAUAUUAUAAAAUACAAUUUGCCUUCUGGAGAAGCAAUUUUAUUGCGUGCUACUAAUGCUAACUGGUCUUCCAUGUUUUCUUUUACAGCAAAAGACAAAGUUUAAAACAAGUAAGUUGAAUAAAGUAAGCUGCUUUUUUAAAUGAAUAUGAAUAUACAUGUAUAGUUUGAAAAAUAUUUCAAAGAGCUUUAUGAAUUGUUUAAUUUAACCAAAGUAUUAUUUUUAAGAACUCUUCAUUGUAUUUAAUGUAAAUCAUUUCCAACUAAUGCAUAUAUCUUGUGAAUUUUAGUGGAAAAUAAUGAAGACAAUAUUCUUGGUAUGUAUGUAUAUAUUUAUGCGGGUUCUAAUGUACAGUAUGUAUAUAUUUAUGCGGGUUCUCAGAGCCAUGCCAACUAAUAUCUGAUGGGGGAGUGGGGUGUAUAAAAAAUUUAGGCCCCUUCAAAAAAAUUUUCCGAUGUUGUGUUUUUGAAAACAAAAGUUCCAAAAAAUUUUCGCAAGAGUUCUUUUUGACCUAAAUUUUCCCAAAAUUUCCAUAAUACUGUAAAUACAGAUCUACCUGGUACAGUAUGCCAAAUUACCAAAAAUUAGCAGAGGUUAAAUUUCAACACACCUUCAUUACAACACUGUGUUUUAAUUCCAUUAGAUGAGACUCUGUAAGGAAAUAUAACUUAAAUAAAAACUAUUAAUACCGGUAUUGAGAAUGUAAUUUCAUAUAAUCUACAGUAUGUGACAUGGUAACUUUAACUUAAUAAACCUUCUAACAAAACUUUUUUUAUUUUAGAUGUACUGGUUGAUGAUGGUAAAUAAAUUCAAUUAUUUAUUUAUUUUGAACAGAAAUUGAUUGAGCCUGAAAGACCAUGGAGAAAAUUUGUAAUUUCUGUUUGGGAAGGAGAAAAAUGUACCUCUUGUGAGAGAAAAGGGUUAUCCCUGAGAGUGUCAACACUCUCUCCCUGGCAAGAAAAAUUGCCUGCCCUCAGACAGAGUAAAUUUCAAAAGUAGGGCACAUCUGGGCGCAUUGCCACUUGGUGAACACAUAGUCCAUGGGCAAAUAGUCUGAUUACCGGUAACCCAUUAAGUGGCAGCACUCCCUCCCUGACGAGUAAAAUUGUAUGGCAUUAGACAGAUUAAUAACAGAAAGUAGGGUGCAUCUGGGCUCAUUGCCAUUUAAUUUAAAGGGUUAAUUUGUUGGAGAAAAUCGAAGGGUAAUAGCUACAUUGUUUUUUGUAAGAAGGAGUUGUGAAAUAUUUUCUGGAAUGACCCAUGAUUAUUCGAUUGAUAAUUAAAUAUUGUCAUGUAAAAUAUUUAGUAUAAUUACAGAUUCCCAUAGAAGUUAACAGUUUUUUUGCAAUUAACUGUAGAUAUGAUGGAUGAAGUUCCGGGUGCGGCACCAUGUAAGUUUACAACAUGAUAAGUUUAGUAUUAAUUAAUAAUUUAAACAUAGUGUAUUUUAUACUAAUUUUAAAACAUGAUUUCAUUUCAGUGAAUGAGCAACAGCAGGAUGGCAAUGGUAUAGUUUUUUAUAUACAUGUAUAUGUCUAUCAUUUAUUUUCAACAAAUCAAGUUAUUAUAAUUUCAUUUCGGUAGAUAAGGAUCAUCAUCAACCUCGCAAGCCAGGCUCUCUAUUCACGCUUCCCUCCCUAACAGAGCCUGGCUUGCAAGGUUGGAUCAUCAUCCAGAUUGCAAUGGUAUGGCCAAUGUUGGGAGAACUUCAACAACCAAUAUAGUAACUCUCUUGUGUAAUUCCAAACUAAUCAGGUGACAAGAAAAUGUACCAAAAGGGAAAAAAGGAUUAACUUUCAAAUAUUCCCUCCAUGGUGAAAUUGUGAAUGUUUUCUGGCAUGCAUGAUCCAGGCCAAUAAUAAUCGAUUGAUAAUUAAAAAAUAUUAUGUACAUAUAUUGCAGACUAAGUGUAUCGCAGAUUUCUUAUGAACUUUGGCAACAUUUUUUCUAUUUAACUGUACAUAUACUGUACCUGUAGAUGAAGAGGAUGAGCAGGUUGGAGGACCUGAAGAGGUGGUCCAGCCAUGUAAGUUUAGAAUAUACUGUUACUGUGACAUAUCCAGUGUUGUUCAAUCAGAAUGAUAAUUAUAAUUAAUACUAAUAUAAUAACAUAUUUGAUUUCAGUAAAUCAGCAACAACGUCAAAAUGGUAUGGUUCUUGAUAUUUACUUAUAUCUGAUACUUUAUAAAAAUCUGUAAUAAUUGUUCUAACAAGCAUACUAUUUCUUUCCAGUUCAUCGCCAACAACAUCGACCACGUGGUAAUAGUAUGCUUUUUUAUACAGUUUAAUUGCACCUCUUUAAUUAUAUAUGUCUAAUCAACAUUUGGUCUAGUCAAAAUGGUAUGGUUCUUGAUAUUUACUUAUAUCUGAUACUUUAUAAAAAUCUGUAAUUAAUUUUUCUAACAAACAUACUAUUUCUUUGCAGUUCAUCGCCAACAACAUCAACCACGUGGUAAUAGCAUGUUUGUUAUACAGUUUAAUUGCACCUCGUUAAUUAUAUAUGUCUAAUCAACAUUUUUUCUUUUCAGUUAACAAUGAACGACGACAACGUGAAGGUAUAUAGUUCUUGAAAUAGAUUUAUAUCAUUAGGACGGGUUCUUCAAGGCAGAGUUAGCUUAACCCUUGGACCUACAGUAGGUUAAUGUAAAAUUCAAAGCAAACUUCCUGACAGUUUCUGUAUACCUAAAUUUGGAAAUAUUUUUUCAUAGAUCUUGUGUGGAUUCAUAGGUGUUUACUUCCUGGAAAUAUUGCUGAAUAAAAAGACAUGCCCAAAAUUAGGCUGACCCCAAUAGUUUAUAUGAGCCUCAUUGUCAGGUAUAUUCAUAUUAACUUCUUUUGUUUCUAUCUUUCUAACUUAGAAAAUCAAGCACGGACAAGAGGUAAUAUUAUGAUAUAUUUCAUGGCCAGGCAUAUUUUUCAAGCCUGCCGAGUGUGGAUAUACAGUACACUCAGAGUAACAUCACAUUCAAGCAUCUUACAGCCCAUUUACACGAUACGAUUAGGUGUAUACGAUUGUCAUUCUGACGAAUGAAAACGAGUGCUAAUGCCACUUUUUUGCUCAUUCGCUGAUGGCGAAAUUUCAAAUGUGACGUUUGUACACGUGUUUAUUCGAUCACAUACGCCAGAGUAAGAAUCGUAUACAACUAAUCGUACCGUAUAAAUGGGCCUUUAUUCACCUGAGUACAUUGCACUGAAACAGCAAAUAACUAGAAUUAUAGUAUAUACAUACACUGUAAAUAGGGAUUAUGGUACAUGUUUAGUAUGAAAAUAUAAACUAUGAACAUCUAUGUGAGUGCAAUUCCAGUAUGUACUGUGACCUACAUGAAUAUUCUUUAAAACUGGUUGUAUUUUCUUUAAAUUUAGGACGUUGCUAUAAGUGUGGCCUGCGUGGCCACUAUGCUGUGGCGUGCCGCUCACGUAUGUACUUUACUAAAACUAUGUAUUAUAAUAGUCAUGUGAUAUUAUUCAGAAAUAAUGCACCAAAUUCACAAUAA